AUGAUAAAUUUUCCAACUUUAAGUUUGAAAUUGAGACGAAGUCUCAAUUUCAUACAUAAAGUUGAUAUUCUUUCUUUGUUUUUUUAUGGAUGCGCGAAUCUUACAUCUGUUAAAUUUCAUUCGAAAAUCAGAGAAAUUCAAGAGAGAGUCUUCUUCAAUUGCAAUAGCUUAGAUACACUAAUCAUUCCUGAUGGCGUAGAAUCUUUAGAUAUAAAAGAAUAUUGCUGUUUUGGAUGCAUCUUUCCAUUGCUUAAAUUCAGAAGUAAAAUAAAUAGUAUUUCAACACAAGCAUUCGCAAAUUGUAAGAAUCCGAAAGAAAUAAUAUUAGAAUCAAUUCCGGCAAAUAUUGCAUCUGGAAUUUUCUAUAACUGCACAAAUAUUAUUAAGAUCACUCUCAACAAUGAUAAAAUCGACAUUAAUCUUGUUAAUAAAAUGAUCGAUGAUGUUAGAUCGAAUAUCAAUGAAGUUAUUGUAAAUAUUAGCUCAAUUCCGCCGUGUUUAUUUGCAAAUUUUGUCAAACUAGAAAAGGCUCUACUUAAGUCCAAUAAAAUUAGUGAUUCAAUGUUUGAGAACUGCUCCAGCUUGAGAAAUGUGAGUUUAUUAUUGCCAACCCUUCCAGAAAAGUUUGAUGUUGGAAAAAGAGGAUUUUAUAAUUGUUUAAAUCUUGAUGUUACUAUCCUUAAACGCGUUCGAUCAAUAGAUGAUUAUGGAUUUUAUGGAUGUCCAUUCCCGAGGUCAAUAGUAAUUCCAAAAGAUAUUUUAAGUAUUUCACAAUAUGCUUUCUCAAAUACAAGAAUUGAAUAUGUAAACUUUUGUUCAAAUCAAUUCAUUUGUUACAGUAAUUCUUUCGAUAACAAAGUAAAGGCAUAUGUUACAGAUUCUUUUGCUAACAGCCCAUUAUGCUCAUUGCCAACAACAAGAAUUGAUAGAUCAGUAUGCCAUAUUCCCCAUCCAACAAGUCAGGAUGUAAUGUAUAUUGUAAAAAUGCGCACACGAAAAAGAUAA